UGUCGCCAUCACCGUCUCGGGACAGCUGCCUGCUCCUUCUCCAUCUCUCUCACCGAGCGCCGCGUCCCGCAUCCUUGCUCCCGGGGCCGCCGCCGCCGACGACGCCUAGCAGCUUCGGGUUGCAGCGGCGCUGAGGGCGAGGGAGGGAGAAGGCCGGCCGUCAACGAAGGUGGCAGUUGGGGGUGCGCGCUCCGGUCGCUAGCCAGCUAGGGCAAGGGCCGGAGGCCGCGAGCGCCGCCGCCGCCGCCCGUCUGCCACCACCUGCUGCCGCGGGUCGUCGUUGCGGGAGCCGACGUCCGCGGGCGCUUCGAGAAGCCCGUGCGUGAGCACGCCGCCGCCGAGGAGGCGGACAAGCGCGGUUCUCCAGUCGUACGCCGCGUCGCGUCGCUCUCUGGCGCGGAGGAAGCCAGGAAGGCCCUGCCGAAACGUACCGGCCGGCCACCUGCUGCUCCCUCUGCUGCGUCACGCGCCGGUGAGGGAGUCAGGGUCGAAGCGCGCGUCCGCGGCGCUGAGCUUCCCACACUGCGCGUCAAGUCGAGGGAGGAGAAACCUGCGCCCGCCCUGCCGCGCGCCCGCCUCGAGGCACAGAGUCUAUGGAACGUGGGGAAAACAUUGAAGUGAAUGUCGAUGCCAAGUCUGAUUCAGUACUGGCACAUAUCGUGGGUAAUUUACCAGUGGGACAGAUCAAAGUUGAACAAAGAAGUUGUGAGUUAGCUAUUGAUGAUAGCAAGAUUCCUGGGACAUCACUACAUCGUGCAACAUGUAGCACAGGACCCUGUGUUGCAAUCUCAAAACCAAUUGAGGAAGCAAAAACGAUAUACCGCAUUCUGUGCCAAUGUGACCACCCCAACGUGCUGAAACCCAUAGGUGUCUGGAAGAAUCCCUCGGACGACGCUAGUGCAUACCUGGUACUAGAGGAAGUUGAGGCAUCUCUUGGCUCUAAAGACAGAGAAUUCAUGUUCUCUGUCGAGGACUCUUUCAUAUAUGGUUUUUCAAAUAUUGGUUUUAAAAUUUUCAGGGCGCUAUGUAAUGUGGUGAAUUACAUUAACGGACUUUACAUGAAUAGUGCUGCUGGGACCAGUAGUAGUGUUGCUGGAGCAAUUCCGUUGACGCCCAUUAAACUUAACUCCAGCAUGAUAUUUUAUAAGCUUAUGGUAGAAGGGGAGGUGGAGGUUGUGGUGACUGAUUUCUGUGUAAGACAACCCCGAGACCUUGUAAAGAAAACCAGGAAGGGUCGCCCAAAAGAAGUAACAAUUGAAGAUGUCCAACAGUUUAACUGGAGGGCUGUUGGACUCUGCCUGAAAAAAAUGUAUGGACCAGAAGGAAAUGUCAAUGAGGAGUUGAAAGAUUUAGCUGCAUAUUUGGAAGGAUCAAAACCAGAAGAAGGACCAGUAACAUAUGAUGGUAUACUCUGGCAUCCAGGAGCAUGGGAAGCAAAUAUAAAAACUCAGUUCAUUAGAGAAAUUUUUUGGCUGAUUGAUAAAGAACGAGACAAGUUGAAAACAAAGAAACUAAUAGAAACAGAGAAGGGGAAAUCACUGAUCAAAAUAAAGCGUACACUUGGAAUAGCAGCAAGUUUAAAAAACUUUGCAGGCAAGGAACUUCAGGAAAAUAACUUGCUAGAUUCUUUAGAACAUUUAAGGACCUACAUUGUAGCACAUCCUGAUAUGAGUUAUAACAGCACGGAUGAACAGGAUAAACUUAAAUUUGACAAGGUCAGAUGUGAGAGACUCAUACAAAAAGUCAAAGGAGACUACAUGAUAAAAUUACGAAAAGAAAUUAGGAAUUUAGAGUGGAUAACUGAAUCUCCAGUGCUAAGAGAUCAAAAUAACUACAUGGAAAGGUUUUAUGAGAUGAAAAAGAAUGAAAUGGAAAACCAGAGAUGAAUCCAGCUCUGCUCAUCUUCUUCUGAUGAUGAAUCAAAUAAGAGCAGUGAUGAUGAGGACUUGGGGAGAUCCCUGUACUCGAGGAGCAGCAGGAACAACAUGCAUGGUUAAUUCUGAAGCUGGACAGCAACAGCAGCAAAGUUCUAUAAUUCCAAAAUCAAUUCGCUAGGCUUUAUUAUUUUUCUUUGUAAUUUUUCUGGCAAGUAUGGCGUACAACAGUACAUAGCACUAUAGCAGGAUGAGAUUGCUAGCGUAGUUCACCCUCUUUCCGAUGACUGUAACCUAUAUCCGUCAGAAUGACUAACAUUAUAGCUAUUCCUACAAAUGGUCAACAUACAUAUAAAAAAAUUUGGCCCAGUGAUUAAGUGAUUGGGUGGCAUAUAUUGGACAUGCCUGAUUCUUCCGCUUGGUUUGGAGAACUCGUAAUGAGUGAACUAUGGCUUUGUGCAUCUAUGUACGAAAAGGCUGGGGAUAUUUUGUCU